CGUGGGUUUUAGGUUAGGAGAAAACAGCUGAUUCUCGGAUCUACACGGUGGAGUGGAGUGGAAUUGUGGAGAAAAGGUCGUUCGGGGUCAUCGAAUUGAUUCCGACGAUCCUGGCCGUCACGGCCGCUCUCCGGGGUCAGCCUUGAGGGGGGGGACCUCGCGGCAGGGGAAGCCGCCCGUCGACCUGGACGUCUCGCAACCGACCGACGGAUCACCCCCGCAUGAUCAAAACGAUGGCUGGCUCGGCACUCAGACGACUGAUGGCGGAGUACAAACAGCUAACCUUGAACCCGCCGGAAGGCAUCAUCGCCGGCCCGAUUAACGAGGAGAACUUCUUCGAAUGGGAGGCCCUCAUCACCGGGCCAGAGGGGACGUGCUUUGAAGGUGGCAUAUUUCCAGCAAAGUUAAUUUUCCCUCCGGAUUAUCCAUUGAGCCCUCCGAAGAUGCAGUUCACCUGCGAGAUGUUUCAUCCCAACAUCUACGCGGAUGGAAGAGUCUGCAUAAGCAUACUGCACGCGCCUGGUGACGAUCCGAUGGGUUACGAAAGCAGCGCGGAAAGGUGGAGCCCGGUGCAGAGCGUGGAGAAGAUACUGUUGAGCGUAGUAAGUAUGCUGGCCGAGCCGAACGACGAGAGCGGCGCGAAUGUGGAUGCCGCCAAAAUGUGGAGGGAAGAUCGCAAGGAAUUCGAGAGGAUAGCGCAAAAGCUAGUGAGAAAGACCUUGGGUAUUCCACCUUAAAAUAGAAUCCGUCUGCUAAAAGGGAAAAGGGAACGACGGUUACUGUUACUCUCAUCAGUCAACGGCAUUCCUGUAGGAAAACAAUAAAUUUUUUAUCUGAGCAGUAAACACAAAUCCCUUGUGCGCGAAUAAUUCUUGUUCCACCGGUUAUUCGCACGAAAAUAUAUUAUUUUUAUUUUGUAAAUUUUAUCCUUACAAAGGGACGAAACUUUGAUCCUUGACGAUGCGAGAAUUCGGGGCGUUGUUUUAAUCUCAAAAAAUGUUUAUUUUCAACAUUGCAGUACAAACAUGGGUAAUCAAAUACAUACGCGAUUAUCUCAUACGCUUACAUAUACCAUGUCACUGUGACAAACCGAUAACGAAGGACAGGAUUCGUUUCUUGUGUUCGGGUGCGUGAUUGACGUUAAGUAUAUAUAUAUAUAUUAGUUAUUUAAAAUUAUCAACUGAUCCCACAAAUUUACCCUACGGCGAUGUUAAAGUAAUUAUCACAUUCGCAUAUGGUGUUACAUUAUUCGCAUGUAAAUGUAUAUCGGCGAAAACGCAUUAUCAACUAAUGUGUUUUAAUUUAAUAUUCGGAGGAGCUGGAAUACAGAUUAAAUAAAUAUAUUUGUAAUAUUUUACAAAGGUGUGUGUGUGUAAUGAAAAACGAGCAGAGUAGUGGUUCUUUCACUGAAAGAUCGGAUUUUAGAAGACUCGCAAAACAUUGUCGGAACAAAACGGCGAUAAACUGAAUUGCUCUCACGCAGUCAGUUAUCUUACUUCUUUUUUUAUUUUUUAUUUUUUUUUACAUUUACGGAAUCGCGGGAGUGCCGGAUCGAGAGAUCCGUCGGCACUCGAUCCUGAUAGAAAUCCCGGAACGUGUAUUGCCGCGUCGUAUUUACAAAAUUAAGAAGUCCGCAGCAAGAUUGAUUAUCGUGCACAUUCCCGCUCUGAUAACAAUCGAACUUGGUGACAAAGACGUGCCAGGGUGUCCCGCUUAAAGCGUCCCAGUCCGAGUAACCGAACGAUUGAUGUGAGAAAAUUUUCGUUUAAUUCUACGAACAAUUGGGUCAAAAUUCCUUUUGAAUCGAAAUCGUUUCCCGAAAGAAUUCUGGAGCAUUUUUUUUCCUUUGCAUCAUUAGUGUCUCUCCGCAGAUAUGGCUCCGAGUUGCUUUACGCAAAACACCCUGUAAUUAGACUAGAAGGAAUAAAUUAGUACACACCUCGUCGCGUAUACAGUAGAUGAUCUUUGCGAUCGAAUUGCCAGGUAUGAUUUCAAGGAUCAGACAAGUUCAUGCUUCGAAACCGUCAGCUCUCUUUAUCGAGCAUAUUUAUUUAUUCACUCAUUAAGCUUUAUCGAUGCCCAGCCAUGUCUAAGUAACAUGAAUAAACACCGAAAAGAAUAUGUGGCCAAUUUGGCAGGGCUCGAAAUAUCCAAAGAAAAUUCAAAGAUUCUCAUUACUUUCAUUCAAUGUUUUAAAAAGUGAACCUGUUUGUUCCUCACAUUCAGACCUCUGCAAUUUGUUCCUUCUCGCUCUCUCCCCCUUUUUUUUUUGCUUGGAUUAAAACAUCAGUAAGAAUAAAUACAAGAUUUCGCACGUGAA